AUGUAUGUAGAAAAUUCUCGUUCGAGAAUGCCGUUGACUUGUCAUAAACAUCUUUCUUGCAUAAUGUCAUCUUUUAGGAAUAGUAGUAUAAAUAAUAAUAGUUUUGGUAGUUAUAGUAGUAGUUUUGGAAGCUAUGAUUACAGUGCACCUGGCGGCGGCGGCGGCGGUGCAUCCGACCCAUACAUGAAUAAGCGAUAUAGCGCCUCUUUUGAGCCAUCACUUGGACCAUCGUCCUAUGACGGAGCAGAUAUUGUUACACCAUUGAAUUUGGGUGGUGGAUCAUUGGUAUACUCUGAUCGUCCAGGAAGUGGAUCAUACAGUCGAUUUGCAGGCUCACCUCCCAAAUAUUAUAUUCCACGUCGUUUCAUUUUAAUUGCUCUCGGUUUCCUUGGUAUCACAUGUUGUUAUAUUCUACGUGUUACCAUUUCAGUUGCUUCCAUUCCAAUGCAAAAAGAACUAGGAUGGACAAAUAGUUUUAAAGGUGUAUUAUUAGCAGGAUUUUUCAUGGGUUAUAUUAUAUUACAAAUUCCAUCAUCUAUAUUGUGUGAUAAAUUUGGUGGGAAAAAGGUAUUGUUGGUUGGUUUGACCAUGUCUACCAUCUGUACAGUCAUUCUGCCACCAGCUGCACACAGCCCAGGGGCAUUGGUCGCCCUCAGAAUUCUAACAGGUUUUUUCCAAGCCUGUGCUUUUCCAACUAUGAAUUGGCUCAUUAAAAGAUGGUCGUCUGUCAAGCAACGUACUGCCACUGCUGCUGCUGUAUGGUCUGGUGCCUACAUUGGCACGAUCAUUGCUGAUUUUGCAGUUCCCAAGAUGCUCGAGUACUACUCUUGGACUGUCAGUUUCUACGUAUUUGGAGCACUCACCUUUGUGUGGACCAUCCUCUGGAUGAUCUUUAUCACUGAUGACCCCGCCGACUCUUGGGGUAUCCAUCCAUCUGAAAUUGCCCUUAUCAAAUCAACCGACGACGGUACCAUCAAUAUCAACAAUGUCGACGAAUCCACUCAUCUCUUGCUCAACAAUCCAAACGUCAACCAACACGAAGUAGCCAUCAACCAGCCACAACAAAAAGAGUUACAAUAUUUUACCGUUUUAGCUGCACUCUUCAAAUCACCAGGUAUCUAUGGUGUCAUCUAUUUUAAUAUUUCAACUUCAUUUGGUUAUUAUUUAUUAUUAAUGUGGUAUCCAACUUGGGUAUCAAAAACAACAGGAUUAGAAUCAGGAUCAACAUUGGCAUUAUAUACAGUUUUACCAUAUAUUGGAGCAUUUGUAUUCUCAAAUACAGCAGGUAUGAUAUCGGAUUACGUUAUUUCAAGACAUAUAUUGAGAAAGAUUAAUGCCAGAAGAAUGUUUGGUUUUAUCGGAUCGUUCUUCCCAGGUGCUCUUCUACUCAUUCUCACAUUUGUUCCAAUGACCAUUUCACUCGAGAUUGUCACCAUGGUCUUUGCCAUUGCCACCACAGGUUUUGGUUCGAGUGGUGCCAACGUUAAUACAUUUGAUCUUGCCCCAGAAUAUGCAUCCAUGCUCAUGGGUCUUGCCAAUACUUUUGCCACCAUACCAGGAAUCAUUGGUCCACUCAUUGCCGGUGUCAUCCUCAGCAAGACUGACUCCUGGGCUCCCAUCUUUGAAAUUUCUGCAGGUCUCUAUUUUUCAGCUGCCAUUUUAUGGUUAAUUCUUUGUAGAACUGACAAGGUAAUUUAA